AUGGGAAUCCUCAGCCCACAGGCAUACGAUCAGCUCUUCCUCGAGAAGUGCAAGCUGCUACUCCAGGCAGCCUGCAACAACCCGCGCAGGAGGGGACCGGACGUCUCGUACGAGGAGUUUGUCGAGAGUCUGGACAUUCGGGAUGAGGGAUCGCUGAGAGUCUUUGAGGUGCUGCUCUACGAGACGUCCACUCGCCGUCCUCCCAAGCGCCAACCCCGCUCGCAAGCCGCUUCCUCGACCGAACGCACCGGUUCGACCCUUCAGCGUCGCCCACGCAUCUCGACUGCAGGUCGCUUGAGCCAGGCGCUCCAGGACCUUGAGCCCGACGACUCGUACUCGCACAGUCGCGACCGCCAAGUCUCGAGGUCUCGCAUGCAGGAUCUCAGGCUGCCUAGCGACUCGGAUGACAGCUCCGACGCUGAGCACCAGGCGGCGGUGCGGAGCAGGCGGGAACGGUUGCGCAAUCAUCGCACACCCGCAGAAGGCGCGAACGGAACCGACGAUGGAAUCUCUCCCUCGAUGCGACUUCGGCAACAACAGCUCAACGACCUCUUUGGGAGGUCGCCGGAGCCAUCGACGAUCCUCCAGGACCUGCUCCAAACCCCCAGUUCGAUCGGCUCCCUCGACGCCCGCUCGUCCUCCCGACCAAACGCCUCCGCAUCCUCUUUCUCCUCCUCUGCCCCUCUUCUCCCAACCUUCGCCGAACUCUGGUCGAUCCUCACCGACGAACCUUUCCCCUCAUCCUCCAUCACCUCUUACUCGUCCUUCCUCGACGCCUUGAAUCGCUGCGCGUCCGUCACGAGCGCGACCUCGACUCCGCUCACCGCGCCAGGCAUGGGCGAGUUGUUGGAGGAGCUGGCGCAGCGCGACUUGGCGUUCCCGAUUCGCUUGACGAACCUGUUGCAGCAGAGGGAGAGCGCAAGGAGUCGUGCUGAUGGGGAAAUUGGCGCGGGCUCGGGAGGAUCGGGUGGACAUUGGGCUGCGGUAAUGGCGUCGGUCGGUGUUGAGGAUGCCUCGACGACCGAGGCGACGCAUGCGAGGCUGCUGGAAGGCGAGGCGCGCGGCGACACUUCCUCCUUCCUCGAGGGGAUCUGGCGCGCCGGAUUCAUCGAGCAUAUCGACGAUGGCGGUGUCCCCGCCGGCACGGACGAAGGCGGCGACGAGGCAAGCGCCGCGACGUUCGCCGACUUUACGGGUCGCCGUCGAGCGGAGCGGAGGAGGCGCGACGAAGCAGGUGGCACGUCUUCGCCAGCCGGCUCGUCCUCGACGCCCGCCAUCACCGUCACCGACGCCUCGUCCGCCCCAACGCCUGCUACAACCGCCGCGCACUCUCCCCCUUCCUCCUCCGCCGCAGCCGACUGCCCUCCCGCACGCCAAACUUCCGCCUCAAUCGCCGAAGCCGCCUUCCGCUCUCAGCGACUCAUUGCCCCUCUACCGUCUACCUCGUCGUCGACGCCGCGCGCUGUCUCGCAGGACCAGGCUCACGAGCGGGAGGAGAUGAGCGAGGGACAGGCGAGUCUGCAGGCGGUGUUUGAGGCGCUACAGCGGGCGAGGGAGAGGAGGGAGGAGCAUGGGGUUCCUCCGAAUGAAGUGAUGAUGUGA